AUGAAAGCAAUAAAAACAUGCUGUCAGGAUGUUUGGUGGGAGCCACGUAAAACCCAUUGUGGAGUGGAGGGCAGAGUCGCCCAUAGGAGUGAAAGAAAACCAGAAACCAACGUGGCGGCUGAAGGGGCUGCAUUGGCCUCACACCAGAAUCGUGGCACGAGCCGUGUGCAAAUCGUGCUCUGCAUGCGCAUGCAACUUCGCUCCAUCUUUCUAUUCUCCUACUUUCCACACCCCUUUGAAGGGUACUUUACAAGACAACAAAUUUGGACAGCCGUGCAUUGCAAGUUGUGCCAGAAACCUCCGGGUCUGUGGCAUUUAAGGGUUAUCCCACGUCAUCUACGUCCCAAUGACAGAGGGAUGAGUGUCCCUAUGAUUGGGAGUUGA